GUCGAGCACUGACUGCCUGCUGGUUCUUGUUGAACUGUUGGCUGGCUGCUGGUUGGUGUGAGUGAGUUUCAGUGUUUAGUUUCGGCGGACGUGGAAAGAUAAGGAGAGUGAACACACAAAAAACAAAAAACAAAAAAACGCUAGGGCUAUUGAAAUUUAUAACCCGUUUCCUCUGUACAAACGGGACUCUGAACCGUGCUGAAUGAAAAGUUAAUGUUUAAAACCGGUGUUCGUAUACGCUUCCAAGGUGGCGACAGAAAAGGUUACAGGAAAGCUGAGUUCUACUCUCUCAUGGGUGAAGAACACAGUGUCACAUACCGUCAGUCAAAUGGCUAGUCAGGUGGCGAGCCCAUCUGCCUCCUUGCACACUACCUCCCCCUCCUCCACAACACUCUCCACACCUGCGCUGUCGCCCUCCUCACCCACCCAGCUCAACCCCGAUGAACUGGAGCUGCUGGCAAAGCUGGAGGAGCAGAACAGGCUUUUAGAAACCGACACCAAGUCCUUGCGCUCCGUGAAUGGAUCACGGAGAAACAGCGGCUCUUCGCUCGUGUCCAGCUCUUCAGCCUCCAGUAAUCUCAGCCAUCUGGAGGAGGACACCUGGAUACUCUGGGGGAGGAUCGUCAACGAGUGGGAAGAAGUGCGCAGAAAGAAAGAUAAGCAACUCAAGGAACUUGUUAGAAAAGGGGUUCCCCAUCACUUCAGAGCGAUAGUCUGGCAGCUCUUGUGCAAUGCACAGAACAUGCCUAUCAAAGAGCAAUAUUCCGAACUGCUAAAGAUGACCUCACCAUGUGAAAAACUUAUCCGAAGGGACAUUGCACGGACAUAUCCAGAGCACGAAUUCUUUAAAGAGAAAGACAGCCUUGGACAGGAGGUUUUAUUUAAUGUAAUGAAGGCUUAUUCUCUUGUUGACCGUGAGGUGGGCUACUGUCAAGGAAGUGCUUUUAUUGUUGGACUGCUGCUUAUGCAGAUGCCAGAAGAGGAAGCAUUCUGCGUGUUUGUUAAGUUAAUGCAGGACUAUCGACUGCGAGAACUCUUCAAACCCACGAUGGCUGAGCUGGGUCUCUGCAUGUACCAGUUUGAGUGGAUGAUACAGGAGCAGCUGCCAGAGCUCCAGGUGCACUUCCAGUCCCAGAGUUUCCAUACCUCCAUGUACGCCUCCUCCUGGUUUUUAACCAUCUUCCUCACCUCCUUUCCACUGCCAGUUGCUACAAGAAUUUUUGAUAUAUUUAUGUGCGAGGGUUUAGAGAUUGUGUUUCGAGUAGGAUUAGCUAUUCUUCAGAUGAAUCAAUCAGAAUUAAUGCAACUUGACAUGGAAGGAAUGCUACAGCACUUUCAGAAGGUCAUUCCACACCAGCUGGACAGUGGUCCAGAUAAGGUGAUCCAGACAGCAUAUCAAGUCAAGUACAAUGCAAAAAAGAUGAAGAAGUUAGAAAAGGAAUACACUACAAUAAAAAGUAAGGAGAUGGAAGAACAAGUAGAAAUCAAGAGGUUACGCACAGAAAACCGACUUCUAAAGCAGCGCAUCGAUACGUUGGAGAAAGAAAGUGCUUCCUUGGCAGAUAGAUUGAUCCAGGGACAAGUGACAAGGGCACAAGAAGCCGAGGAAAACUACCUCAUAAAACGGGAGCUGGGCACCAUCAAACAGCAGAGCGAUGAGACCAGUGCUAAGCUGGAGCACGCUCAGCGUACCAUCAGGGAGCUUCAGCAGCAGCAGCAAGGGCAUAAAUGCCAUCCACGCUACACUGACGACUUUGUGCUGCAGCUGGAACAGGAGCUGGUGCAGGCCCGGCUGAAGGAAGCUGAAUCUCAAUGCGCUCUUAAGGAGAUGCAAGACAAGAUCCUCGACGUAGAAAAGAGGAACAAUUCCCUGCCCGAUGACAGUAACGUUGCCAGGCUCCAGGAUGAGCUGAUAGGUGUGAAACUGAGGGAAGCAGAGGCACUGAUGGGAUUGAAAGAACUGCGGCAGCAAGUGAGAGAUUUGGAAGAACACUGGCAGCGGCAUCUAGCCAGAACUACGGCAAGGUGGAAGGACUCCCCUAGAAAGAACACAGUCAAUGAACUGCAGGAUGAGCUGAUGACGGUUCGGCUUAGGGAGGCUGAGUCACUGGCUGAGCUGAAGGAGACCAAGCAAAGGAUGAUGGAGCUGGAAAUGCAGAAUCAGGUCAACAACAACCACCUGCUGAGAGCUGAGAAGGAGAUGAGAAGCUUGCAGGAGAAGGUGCAGUACCUCACAGCUCAGAACAAGGGCCUGCUUACCCAGCACAAUGAAAUCAAGCGCAAGCAAGCUGAGAUUGACUGCAAGAACAAAGAAGAAGUAAUGGCUGUGAGGCUUAGAGAAGCAGACAGCAUGGCAGUGGUGGCUGAGCUGCAGCAGCACAUUGCUGAGCUAGAGAUUCAGAAAGAAGAAGGGAAAUUUCAAGGGCAGCUUGAUAACUCCGGCUAUAAACAGUAUAUCAGGGAACUGAAGGAUAAGAUAGAUGAGCAGAAGGAGGAGAUCCAGUUCCUGAAAAAACAGAGGGGCUUGUCAGGCCGACCCACUUCUGAAGGGAUACACAUAGUGAACCACUACAUUGGAGAUGAGGAGUCCUUCCAUUUCUCAGAUGAAGACCCAAUGUCCAAUUCCAUGAGCGAGGAUCCGAUCUGCAGCGCUCCUCGUCCGUUUUUACACCACCAUAAAACCCCAAAGGUGCUGUUGCAUGCUAGAAUAGAGGACAGUGACAGUGACACUGACAAUCUGGAUGAGGGUGGUGAUGGGCCUCUGUACCAGCCUGCCCAGACCAGCAGCCAAAACGAAAUCUGUCAGAAGAACAUGGAAUCCUAUUCCACUACUGUUUGAGCUGAGAGGUUUUCAGUUCACCCUUGGGAUUUAAACAUUUGGUCUGCCAUAACUCUUUCUUCCUUAUGUCAGAUACAAGCAACUAGGAAGAAGGUUGGAGUCAGUCAUCUGAAGUAGAUAGAGGAAGGGAUUAUAUGUCUUACUGUUGCCAAUGCGCAUAUCGUUCCCAUGCAGUAGACUGAAAAUGGGUGGAUGAACAAGGGAAAUGAGACACUAGCAGUAUUACAUAAUGUGCUUUUUCUCUUCGUCAUGCUCGUAAAUUUAACAUGCCUGGUUUCAAGUCACUGGAAGAGAUACUGUACCAGGACCGGCUGGAUCAAUGAAUUGGGAGACCUUCUGAGAUAAAUGUUGUGCAAUAUUGUGUUUUAUGCUUGACGGAACAAAUUUGACAUGUUUUAUUUUUUAAACUCUUCUUUUCUCUUUCCAUUUCUUUGGAUACAUUUUGUGAGUGAGUGAUCAGGACCUUGAGGUAUCUGAUGAGCAAGCUGCCAUUUGAAUCCCAGGAUAAUAAAAUAAUUUAUUGAAUUGGAAUCACAAAUGUAUUUUAAUGGACAACUCUGUGUGUAGUAUUAAUGUGAACCAAAAUAGGCCACAGCACAGAGAUUUCAACUUGGUCUCUUUUUUUUUUUUUUUUAAUUAUUAUUGUCACAGUAAUAAGAUAUUCUAAGUGAGAAAUGGAUGUACAAUAGGCUUUUUAAAAUGUUUGUUUUUUAUGUGUGUUUUGAUGUGUUGAUAGCAAAUAUGGUCACGUAGUGUUUGUAACUAGU